AUGGGCGAAUCUCGGCAAGAACUCGUGCAAUGGCUCAACAGCCUCCUGCAGCUCAACAUCACCAAGGUCGAGCAGUGUGGUACCGGCGCCGCCCUCUGCCAGGUGUACGACAGCAUCUUCCUCGACGUGCCCAUGUCGCGCGUCAAGUUCAACGUCAACUCCGAAUAUGCCUACAUCCAGAACUUCAAGGUCCUGCAGAACACAUUCACGAAGCACCGUGUCGAGCGGUCGAUCCCCGUCGAGUCGCUCGUUAAGUGUAAGAUGCAGGACAACCUCGAGUUCCUCCAGUGGACAAAGAAGUUCUGGGACCAGUACUACCCGGGCGGCGACUACGACGCCGUUGGCCGGCGGAAAGGCGGCGCUCUGCCCGCCGGUGGUGGUGCGGCUCCGCGGGCGGCUAGUGGCGCGGCGCGGCGCCCUGGCGGCACGACCCCGACCACAGGCCCUCGGGCCGGCGGCAUCAAGGCGGGCGGUGCGGCGAGCGCGGCCUUGCAGCAGGAGAACAACACGCUGAAGGAGACGGUCGUCGGGCUGGAGCGGGAGCGCGAUUUUUACUUCAGCAAGCUCCGCGACAUUGAGCUGCUUGUCCAGCAGGCCGUCGAGGAGGACCCCGAGCUCGAGAAGCCCGAAGACGGGCUCGUCAAGCAGAUCCAGACCAUCCUCUACUCGACCGAGGAGGGCUUCGAGAUUCCGGACGCCGGGGAGCAGGUGGUGGACGACCAAGAGACGUUUUAA